GUAACACAUAACUUAUAAAAACUUCUACCAAACCGGAAAAUAAUCAUGAUUCCAAGCCUUGCGUUGUUGAAAGUAGUUUUCACAAUUUUAUAUUUGAAAAAUCGAAUUCGCCUUAGCCAUUUGACAGUUGAAAGGUUGCAAAAAUGGGCUACUGGUAAUGUAGGGCUCAGUCAGUUUUGUUAGCAAAACAUUUCCCUGUUUAUAAAAGGCCCAGUUAUGAAAUGGCGGAUAGCAUUGUAUUUGACAAGUAGUUUCGUGAAUUAAAAUCGCGUUAAAAGGACCGAUAAGUUCGUCUUGAUGUUUUGUUAUUUUAUAAUACGUAUUAUAUCGAUUUUUUUGAAGUGUAAAAUAUUCAAAAGCUAUUUUAACAUGGGGUGAAUUACCCAUGGAAAUAGUAAAAGCUUUGUUGUGUGUUGUGAACUUUUAAGAAAACAAAACUAGAAAACGCGUUGAUGUGUUGUAGUUAUUUACGUAAUGGAAAUAGACGUUACUCCAGAUGGUAUUUCAGAAAAUAAUACGGGUAACUCAAGUCAAAGCGAGGAAGAAAAUGCCGAAAAUUCAAGUGCCAAUCAACAAAAUCUAAGCAAUAAUAACGUCAGUUCUGCAGAUUCUACCAUAACUAGUAUUAAUAGCAGGAAAACCAUUAAACAUGCACUACGACAACAAGCUAAACGCAGAAAGAAGAAUACUACGAUAGCUUCUGGCAACACAAAUACUGUGCCCCGAAUAAUAGUUAAACCUCUACCUCCACAAGCAGUUGAAGAGCCAACUGCAACCAUAGUGCCUACAACAAGAACACCAACGAUGAAAGAAGUACUCGCCUCAAUUCCUGGAUUCACAAUGAAACCAAGAAAGAGAUCUAACAAAAAAUUAUCCCAAGCUGCACAACUUGAACAAACCAAAGAAGGUUGCAUUGACUUGGAAACUCCAGAUUCUAUCUUAGUCAAUACAAAUUUACGUCAUUUGCUUAACAAGGCUACAUUUGCAGCUUUACCCACCCUAUAUCAAAACAAAUUGGUUCAAUUAUUGCCCAGCGUCGACAGAAAUAUUGUAAAUAACGACCCAAAUAGUGUAGAUAUGAGCAAUUCAGGUUUGAACAAUGAAUUUUUUGCUAGAGCUUGCUUGGAAUGGCAAGAUCGGCUGGCAGAAGGUGAAUUUACACCCGAAAACCAACAAAAACUUAAAUUAGAAGCUGAUAAAGAAAGAAACAAGGUGGAUCCUUGGAAACUGAAACAUUUUGAACCAAUUUGGGGAGAUAGAUCUUGUGCGGCUGACUCUCUUGUAUCUACUAGUGUAAAUAAUAUAAACUUUAAUUCAACACGUCCACCUAUCAAGACUACUAUAAAACUUAGACCAUCUACUACAAAUAAACAGAAAAGUGCGCCUCCUCCUGUCAAACGACUAAGAACAGUCGGAGCAAUGACUCGGUCUUGUACGACAAAUAUGAAAAUCGAGUUGAACUAUGUUGAAAACAAAUCUCAAAUUCCUGACUUGUUACCCAUAAAGCAAAUGAAACAAGUACAAAAGGAGGAAAGCCGUUUUAAGUCUGAAAGUACAUUUAAAAUAGAUAUAGAUACAGCAUCAGUUAGUGAUAAUAUUGUAGAACUUCAGGAAAAAUGUAUUGUUAAUAUAAGUGAUACUAUUUUAGAGAAUAAUCAAGAGACAAUCAUAUGUUCUUCGAAGUCGGAGAAGAGGCCCAGAUCCCCAAGUACUGAAUCCGAAGGCAGAUCUCCGAAACCUUUUACUGUUUAUCUAGCCGCAGACCACUUAGAGACUUUAGAACCCAAUGAAAAUGAAAAAGACAUCUUAGAAGAACCACACGAUCACCUGGCGGACGAUAUCAGCGACGAUGAAAAAGCUAGUGAAACCAUGUCGGAAACGAUGGAAGACGACUCUUACAACUACGACAAAGACAAUAGACACCUUGAUGAAAAUAGCAGCAGUUCGAGUAGUAUUGUUACCCAUAAUAUGGAAGAGAUUUCUAGCAAUGAAACGAUAGAAACCGUUGAUUCUCUGCAACUGCAUAUAGACUACAAAGAAGAAGAUCAUAAUCAGACCGAUGAAACGUCGUCUACAACGUCUACGACGGAGCACGAUGAGCAAGAAGAUCAAGAGGAUCCUCUAGCACCAACACCUGAUCUAUCCGAUGUUGCACCGAUGGACACAGAUCCGUUGCAGAUAACUGAAGAUGAUAGUGAAUGCCAUAUAGUUACAGAUAAUUUAAAAAUCACCCAUAUAGAAGACAAAGAACCCUACAGUUUGGUGGUGGAGCACAUUCAUUCAGAUGACAUCACUUUGAUUCAAACACUAGACGCUUCGGAAAGCAGGUCAGAAUCGGACGUCAGCAAAGACCAACCAGUCGAAUCUCCAGAACCUGUCGAAAGGGUAGACCUCGUAGAAUCCAUUAAAAAAGAGCCUCCUCCGGUGGUCGAAUCCUUUCAGCCCCUUCCGAACACCUUAAUUCUGCAUGAGGGCAAGCAACCUAGCUCAGAACCAGCUGAGAGCGAAACCAGCGCCGUCGAUUCCGGUGAUUGUAUACCGGAAACAAGUGAAAGUAUCGCGGAUUUUGCGGAGAAGUUAGAAGCUAGCGUGGAAGAGUGCGAUCUUGUUAUUGCGCAGCUGUCUGAAGCUAGCUUUGAAACAGUGAGGACGGAUGAAGAGGACAGAUUUAUCGAUGCCGAAAAUUACGUGUUGGAAUCUGGACAGCUUACUGAUGUUGACGCUACCGAGAAAAUCGACAAAACUGACGGUGAUAGUAACACAACAGUUGACAUACAAGCUACUCUAUUCGGGGAACCCAGUGUACCAGCGACGACAGAUGAAUGCUGUUGGAGCAUGGUCGAUAAUAGAACAGAAAAGUUGAUGCAAGUACCACCUUUGCAUAAUAUGGAACCGCCACCGAUAUCGACACAAACGACGCCCGAGAAAGAUUUUACGGAAAAAAUUGAAGAACACGUCCAGGUCAUCCCGAUGCAGGAAGAAUUAGAAGUCAAGUUGGAACAGGGGAGGUUUCCUGUAGUCGUUAACGACUGGAGGUACGAUGUUAAUAUGGACCCAGAUAUGGUAGAGGCAGCUCUAGGGACUUCGGGUGAGGAGAUCGGCGAUAAAGAAGCAACCAAACAAGAAGCCAAUUAUCAGGAGUAUAGCGGUAAUCAAGUGAAAUUGGAACUCGAAGUAACGUUAACGCCUGAAAUUGUUAGUACGCCACCUGUAACGACAGUAGUGGACACCACCAGUACUUCAUCGUCACCCGCUGUAACACCGCCUGUAACCAAAGUUCCCCUAACGACAGUAAUUCCCCCGACAGCUAUGCCUCCCACAGUUAUCCCCCCUACGACGAUAGUAUGCCUACCGUCAGUCGUGACAAGUGCACCAAUUAUUAAUAAUCCAAAUAACCCCGUCGCAAACGAGGUGUCGCAGUGCGCAGCAGUACCGAGACCCGGCGCAGUGCAAAGUUCCAGUUCCGUUCCUUAUUUAGCCUUAAGUACCAGUCAACCAAUUAGAGCCGUUUCUACACAUAGCAAAGUUAAACCAAAGAAUUCCCAGGGUGGAGGUAAUAGGAACAGGAGUAACAACAAACCUCCCCCUGGAGCGGUAAAUUUGGAGAGAAGCUACCAGAUAUGCCAGGCUGUGAUUCAAAAUAGUCCCAAUAGAGAUCAGCUUCGAUGCCAGUUAAAACCACCACCAAGUUUGUUGGCUGCUGCUCAGGUGAAUAACGUGAAAAAGAUCGACAACAAUAGACAAUCUUUUAACAGGCAACAACAACAAUUUGCUCCCAUUAGAGGCCCCACAGUUAACAAAACAUUUACUCCUCCUCUACCCGCGCCUAACAAUGCUUACCAGAUGGUUCAGGGUGGAAACGGUAUCAGAGGAGUAGCUCAGAGGAUGAGGACUGUUCCUUUUCAACAGCAACGACCACCGGCACCAACACCUGUGGUCGUUAGGCACGUUUUUACAGCAGGCCAGGGAAUUCCUGUGACGAUGGCUGUGUUGCCGCAAGGGCCUGCCAUUAGUCCAGAGGUAAUCGAGACCCAAACACCAGUCGGCACUCUAGGUCAGUAUAUACUCGUUCAAAGAACUGGUGUACAUGAUCCUCUAAACACUCCACGCUCCUCGAGCGCGCCGCCUUCUCAGCAGCAGCCUCAAAUUAACACGGCAAACGCCGGAGGAGUACCGCAUAUAGUAUCUGUUAACGCAGGACGAGGUCGGCCAGCAAGCGUAGAAGUAGAACAUCCAUCUGCGGCGAUGCAGUCUCAACCUUGUAACGAUUUUAUUGUACCUUGUCCGAAUCCUGGAAUCCAGGCAGUCACUCGAAGACAGAGGCUACCUCCAGGUGUCGUUUAUGGUGACGUCAGCGUAGAAUCUCCAAUCCAGAAUUACACAAUAAUCGGCGGCGAUGGCAACGUGAUGGUCGACCAUCCCGGCGCAGCCAUGCAGAGCCAACUAGUUCUUCAGCAGCAACAGAAACAACCCUCGCAAGCUCCACCUUUGGUCCAGAAGCCUGUGACGACCCCCAUGGCGGUCGUCACGAGCGAUUCUUCUUGUGCGUGCAGCCUCAAGGCGAUGGUGAUGUGCAAAAAAUGUGGCGCUUUUUGUCACGACGACUGCAUAGGACCGAAUAAACUGUGUCGUACUUGCUUCAUACGGUAGGCUACUAUAUUUAGACUAGUUCCUGGAGUUCAUAAAUCAAACAUUCGGAACGUUUUUAAUGUAUCAUGAAAGUAUUAUUUGGAAGAUAAUACUUUCACAUGAUGUUGUAUAUACAGGUAGAAAGAAAUAAAUGAAUAUACUUCAUUUUCAAACCAAACCUGAUAUUUGAUACUGUUUGUGGCACCCAAAUGUGCACACAAGAGGAUGAACGAAGGCUCCGAUGUUCAGAAUCAGAAGAGAUGUGCGGGUGGUUCUUUGGUUCUUUUUUACUAGCUCAAAAAUAAAUACAGAAUAGGGAAACAAGAAAAUAAAGGGGAGGAUAGAUAUUAGAUCUAAACCAGAAAUGAUGGAAAGAAAAAAGAAGAAAACAAUAGAGAAACAAUUUGCCAAGAGGGCGCCACUUCGUCCUUUCACAGAGAGGCAAGGAAAACUCUUUAAAUCAAAACUCAAAUAUGCAAAUACCUAUUAUUAAGUGAUAAAUACUAACAACACCUACCUUAUUUAGUCUGACUUUAACAUAAUUGAGCAACAGAAGGGAAGAUUGAUCAUAAAAAAUUAAACAAUACCAACAUUAUUACUGUUAAAUCAUAUUUAUUUUUAUUUAAAACAAACUUACGUUGGACAUCUUUCUGAAUUUAAAUAUAGAAAAGUAUGUCCAAUUGUUACAUAAAAAAAUUGCAUUGCUAAAUACCUAUAGUGUUGAACAAAUGGGACAUCGGUGAUGUAUCUACUGCAGAAUAACUGGGAUAUGACCCUAGAUUAACUACUGUAGCACUUAAAAACACCACACUUAACUGGUUACUUGGAGAACAAUGUAGAAAUAAGGAUAUUACAAUUCCAUUUUCUGUAAUUGAUUUCCAUAUGAAAAUUUCAUCCAUUAUUGAUUUUUUGUUGCCAAAUUGAUAAACAAAAAAAAACUCUAUAUAUUCCGUAAAAUAACUUUACUAUUUAAUGACUGUUUACAUACAUUGAACUAAUUCUUAACCGACUGCCAAUGAAAACUUACGCGCAUUCAACACCGAAACAACUUGUACCAGCUUUGCAUAAGCCAUUCGCCCCAAAUCGGCGAACCCAUAAAAUAGAACUUUUUCACUUGAUGGUCUGAUUGACAUUUUGAAAGUAAAGUGUGAUUCAUUCAUCAAAUCUCAAUUCUCCACAAAAAUAAAACUGUUGGCGAUCGCAUGAUCUUUUGUAACCAAUCAAAUAAGGACACAACAAGCACUUAAUUCCCUAACCCAUCAUGCCUUCUGCCUACAGCCCUACUUCUGCUAUUUCUGCCUACACUAUCUCUCGAUGCUUCAUCGGAGAUUCCCAGUAAAAAAAAGAAUGUGUGUGUACUUUGUACGCACGUAAGAAGUUAUACUUCUAUUAUAUAAUUUCAACGAAAUAAAUAAUAUACUUAACAGAUUAGUUGUAUUUUAUUUAAAUAUUAAACUAACUUUCUCACCUACCACUUUCAAAAAUUUUUUAUUAAAACAACCAAAAAUUAAAAAAAAAUGGAUCAUCCGGGAUUGGAACCCGGGACCUCUCGAUCUCUGGUCCAAUGCUCCACUAACUGAGCUAUCGGGCCCCUUGCAAGUGACGUCUAUAGUUUCGGAUAUAAGUACACAACACGGUGACAAAUAGAUCAAGAAGUGAAGUAUAAGAAUGUUAUACCUAGAUAUUUUAUUAUCUUACUACCGAGGAAGACAAAUCCAAAGACACAAAAAUUAUAAUAAAUAAUAGGUACAUUUACUAAAAACAUAUACAUAUGCAUACCUAUCUUGAAAGAUUAGCAACGAACUACAUACUGCCUGUGUGCGCAUGCGCCAGGCAAUUAUAAAAUUUCACUCUCGAUCGUAAAGAAGUAUAACUUCAAAAAUAAAGACUUGAUAUCUGCUUCCAAACAAAUCUUAAGUGUCUGCAAGGGUUCUGGAAUAAACAAAUUGAAAGCAAAUUAAACAUUCCAAUAUAAAAUUUUGAAUGUUAAAACAAACAAUGACUAUAUUUUAGGAUAACACACUGACGUUCGAAAAUAUAAAUUUAAAACGCAAAUCUUUUCGGAAGUAAUUAUUGAUUCCUACAAUAAACUGGGUGUGACAAAAGUUUUUUAAAUAAAAAUCGAAAAUACCGAUUUUUGAAUAAAACUAAAUUUUUUAAUCGUUGAAGGUUGCAACGAAAAUUAAAGCUGGUUGGGAUGUAUGAGAAGUCCAGAAGUUGAAUAGUACUUUGGAUAACAUCAUAAUUAAUCCAAGUGGAACCUUUGUCUUCAUAUUCAAAUUAAACGAAGAAUUCCAGGUUUAAAGAUGUUCAUCAUUCACACCGGCUCUCAGCUGUUUUGAAGGACACACCGGCGAGCUUUGGAAAGUGGGUCUACAGAUCUCUAAACGAGAAAUACUGAAGUCAGAAAGAAAAUAAAAAGUGGAUACUACGAACUAAAAAAAAUUUGGAAAAAAUUGAACUAAAUAAAAAGGAAAAAUAGCAACACAUUUUCUUUUAUCUGAGUGACAAGGAAAACUCCAGGAUCCUACACUUUAGAGCGUUUAUAGAUAAAUAAAAAAUAUAAAAACAAUAGAACAAAUAGGUUCAAUCUGUUCCUAUAAUGUUCAAAACAAAAAGGAACGAGCACACUUACCUUAUGUGAUCUUUGUUCAAAAUUAUUACUUGUGCAUUUGCUGUCCAAGAGGCGGUAACUUUAGUAGAGAGAUAAAAAUACUAAUAGGGGAGUCAAUGGAGUUUUUGCUUACAGAAAAAAUCAAACACGAUAGAACUUUUUGCAAUUUCAGUAAGAAUUAUUUAAUAAAGAACAUAUCAAAAAGUUUUGCUCCAAAAGUGGGUGCUUAACUUUUUAUUAAACAAAGCGAAAUUAGUUGUUUCUUUAAAUACUUACGAAAAUAUCAAUUUUAGAAAAAAACUGACGACCAUUGAAAAAUUUAGAAAAUUUUACACAAAAAAGAUUUUUCUAAAAUUAAAUCUACAGCUUCUAUAAUUUUUAAUCAAGUUACCCCUCUCGCAAACAUUGGCGCACGGUAUAGUAACGUUCGAAGCAACGCGCGUUUCAAUUAAUUUAAUAUAAUUUUAUAAUUAUAAUUAAUUGAUCAAAUUAAAUUUUACAAAUUGGAAAUGAUAGAAGAACAUUAAAGCUAUCUUAUAGUUAAUAUUGGUAUUGGUAUUGCUAAAUCCUAUUAAUUAAAUUAAUGAAUAAUUAAAGCAAUUAUGCAAGUAACGAUUAUCCAAGAAUAUUCAAAAACCAAACGAAACCAUCUCUAUUUUGGUGAAAUUAAUACUCCAUCGUCAUUCGUCAUCGAUGGUGACACCAUCGUCAACUAACACAACUAAUUUUAGUAUAGGCGGGAAGCUCGCAGUGUUGCCAUUUAUAGAGCCUAUAUCUAAUUUAAAUCUACUCAGUCUGUAUAUUAAAGUAAGCACAAUGUCACGUUAAAAACCUUCUAAAUAUCUUAUGAACUCUAGGGAACGGUCUACUUAAAUUAUUAUUUUUUAUGUACGGAAGUCUGUUUGUCGGUAGGCGACAGUUUUGAAAUGGUAUAUUUAAUUUAUUGAGAAUGUUUUAUUAAAUUUUGGUGGGGUGCUGUAGAGGAUUAACGGGGGCACGUUAUUAGCGAUAAAUAAAAUACUUUAAUAAUAUAUUAACACUGUCAUAGUGGGUAUAACGUAUCCACCAUUUUCAAGAAAAGAAAUAUCCCCAGUGGCCGGGGUGGACAUGCGUUAUGCACCUGCUUAGAAUUUAUAUUUAGCCAUGGUGGAUAACGGAAAUGCAAUAAACCACUGACUAAUGCAUAUAAAGAGGUUUAUAAAGCAUAUACAAAAAAGGUAGUAAAGUUGGUUUCUGUGUUGCACACAAUAAGUCUCUACAAAUGGGCAAACUUUUUUUAGCAGAACAAAUAGAUAUUAAUAUUUUUUAUUCAGAAAAAAAAUUAUUUGGCAAUAAGAGCCUAAAACUAGUUUUUAUAAACAAAAUUAUGUUUUAGAAAAAAAACAUGUAAAGCAUAAAUAUGCCUCGCAGGACUGGCACCGCUAUUUAGUUUUUCUUUUGUUUUGUUAUUCGCAUGUUUGUUGUAUUCUAUUACUGUUUUGGGUUUUUCAACUGGUCUUCGUUUUUGAAUUGUAAUCAUAUCCGGAAUGUACUUAGUAUUCAUAAGUAGGACAUCUCUCUUACCCUUCUACUUCUUUUCAAAUAUUCCUGUAUUGCUCUCUUGCAUUAUUAGUUGGCCUAUCUGUAACUUCGUUGUUAUAACUCGCAGGAUUGUUUUUCUGUUUUUGAGUAAUGUAUCCAAGAGAAAUGUUUGUUUUUCUAGAAGAGCAUGAGCAAGCUCAACACUUAAGUAAUAAUUAUCCAUACAAAUUGUUCGUCCAGCAUUUAACAAAUCUAGGACUGUUUGCGAAGGUACUGUAAAAUCAUGACCCCCAUCUCCCCUGCCACAGUAUAUUUUAGUGUUAUAUAGAUAGCCACCAUCGAGACAUACUUUGAACAAUUUUAUGCCAAAUUUGUGAGCUUGUUUUUUUUGUAUUGUUUGAAUUUCAAGCUACCCUUGAAUGGCACCAAAGUUUCGUAUAUGUAGAUGAAUUCUCAAGGGACAACUUGAGCUUGAAACGAUUGGUUGAGUUUUUUUUAAUAGCACACUGAUUUUGAAAAUUUUAUCAUUUUGGUCUCUAGCUUCAAUAUUUGCGAAACGUCACAUUUUUAGUAGUAUUUGAUCCACCCAUCUACAUAAUGAUUCCUAUAAAUGUUUUCAUUUCUUCGGCGUUUGUAUCUACCCACCGAUGAAUUCUAGCUAUCAUUUUUUGUGCUUUUUCUUAUUGCUGUAAAUCAUUUCGAUUGGUUUCAUUUACAAAAAAAUUAAUUAGCUCGUCCGAAAUGAAAAGUUUAUAGAAAUAAUACGGCGACUUGUCAUAGUUGUCAUACAAGAAUAUUGCCAAACAGUUCUUCGGCACGCAUUGUACCACACUGAGUAGACUGAAAUCAUUGGUGAUUGGUGGAUACCGCUUAUCCACCAUGGACUCACAAUAAACAUUUAUCAGUGUUGGACAUGAUGGAUACCCGUUAUCCAUCAACAAAAAAAUUAAUAUUGUCAAGGAGACAUACCUAUUUGUAUUCAUAGACAUUAUAAAAAACAACAUUUUUAAACAAAAAAAAUGUGGGCCCUGGGGCUUGAUUUUUUUUAUACAUGGUGGCACUCUAUGUGUUAAAUAUAAAAUACUUUUAAACAGUAUUUAAUACUAAUUUUUAAAUCAGUAGAUUGGUCAGUAUUAGACAAGUGUGAUUAGAUUCCAAAAAAUUUAAAAACAGAAGAUCAGUGACAAAAAAGAAUACUUUGAUAUUCCCUUUUUAUCACUAUAUACUACCGGCGAACCAAGUCUGUAGGUAAUAAAUGUACCCAAUUAAAAUAAUAGUCAAAUCAUUAUCUUGCAUUUCAGUGUUAAUGACUUCCUAUGCAGAGUGUCCACACUUAAUUGGAUAUCAGAUAUGUGAGACAUAAAAAAAAUGUAAUAUUUUUUUGUAUUUCUCAAUGUAUAUUUUUUUAAUAUUAUCUCCCGUUUAUAACUUAUGGGGCAGUGUUGGCAACUCACGGGAAAAGAAAGAAAAAAUAUAGAAGUAUCUAGAUUAGAACACGUACAAAAUGAGGAAAUAAGACGACGCCGACGGGCAAAGAGUGUAUAUUCCACGGUUGACCAAAUAGAAACAAAGAAAUUGCUUUGGUAUGGUCAUGUUAUGAGAAUGCCAGAGGAAAGAUGGCCAAAAAGAGCAUUAAAUUACACACUCAUAAAUAGAAGAAGAGGAAGACCUGCAGAAACAUGGAAGAAAGGCAUAGAACAGUCUAUGGCAGAUAGAGCUGUAGAAGAAAGGGAAUGGGUGGAUAGAAAACGAUGGCGAGCGAAAUGUGGGAUGCGGAGGAGAUCGUAGGAACCCCACUGCUUAUACAGGGUGUCCAGAAACUCUACCGACAAACGAAUACAGAAGAUUCCUCAGAUAAUUUUAAGACAAUUUAACCCAAUUCACUUAGUCCGAAAAUGUUUCCUAAGGGAGCUAGAGAUAUUUGAAGAUGGCGUCUGGUAAUUAGUUUUUCUUAAAUACCUCCGGAACGCUUCUAUUUAGAAAAACAAAAAUUUGUAUGCAUAUUUAUCUUCCAGAGAUAAAUCGAUUCCAUCCAUUGCAAAUUUCUAGUACCGGUCAUAGGCGUCCAUUUUGGGUAGGGCAACAGUUACUUUAUCGCAUAACUUUUUUGUCUUUAACUUUUAAGCAUUUUUGAUGGAUUAUUAAAUUGUGAGGUAUUCUUGUACUAAAAGGUACUCUUGUUUUAAGUCGAUAGAAUACACCGUUUUCUAGAAAAAUUGAUUUGAAAAUUUUCCGUUUUUUAAAUUAAAAAAAAAAUAUUUAGAAAAACGAAAACUUGUACGUUCAAUUAUAUUCCAGAGAUGAAUCGAUUUCAUUAAUUGCGAAUUUCUAGCAUCGGUCAUAUGCGUCGGUUUUGGGUAGGUCAACGGUUAUUUUAUAGCAUAACUUUUUUGUCUUUAAUUUUUAAACAUUUUUGACACUAGAUUAUUAAAUUAUGAGGUAUUCUAGUAGUAAAAGUUCCUCUUGCUUCAAGUUGGUAAAAUACACCGUUUUUUUUUCUAAAUUUUUUUCAAUUUUUUUUUCAAAUUCAAGAGACGAAAUAUUUUCAAAUCGAUUUUUCUAGAAAACGGUGUGUCCUACCGAAUUAAAUCAAGAGUACCUUUUAGUACUAGCAUACUUCACAAUUUAAUAAUCCGAAAUGAAAGAUGCUUAAAAUGUAAAGAUAAAAAAGUUAUGCGAUAAAAUAACCGUUACCCUACCCAAAACGGACGCCUAUGACCGGUACUAUAAAUUCGCAAUGGAUGGAAUCGAUUUUUCUCUGGAAGAUAAAUAUGCGUACAAAUUUUUGUUUUUCUGACUAGAAGCGUUCUGGAGGUAUUUAAGAAAAAAUAGUUACAAGACGCCAUUUUCAAAGAGCUCUACUCUCUAGCUCCCUUAGGAAGCAUUUUCGGACUGGGUGAAUUUGGAUAGAUUGUCUUAAAAUUACCUGAGGAAUGUCCUGUCUUCGUUUGUCGGUAGAGUUUCUGGACACCCUGUAUAUACAGGGUGAGUCGGUUGCUAAAGGAGAAAAAUCAGCCCAACAAGAUGAAAAGGAUUAUUGCAUUAAUAUGAAGAACAACACCAGAAUAAAAGUCGAGAAUGAACUAACAUCAAAAGUAGAAAUCAACUCGGGAAACCGACAAGGGGAUAGCUUGGGCCCAUUGUUUUUUAAUUUAGUAAUGGACAAAAUCGUAGACGACAUUAAAAGUAACGGAAAAUGAUAUAAGAUGGCAGAAAAUCAAAUAAAACUCAUCUGUUAUGCUGACGACGCAAUCUUAAUCGCCAAUAACGAGGAUAACCUACAGCGAAUGGCACAUACUUUCAAUACAGUGGCGAAGAACUACAGCAUGAAAAUAUCAACAGCUAAGACCAAAUCAAUGACAGUGUCAAGGGAACACAUAAGAUAAAAAAUAGUAAUUAACAAAGAACUAAUUGAACAAGUCUCGAGAUUAGAAUAUUUGGGAGUCGAACUAUGUAGUUAUGCAGUUGUUACAGAGAGCGUCCGAAAGCAAGUAAAUGAAGCCAAUUACGUGUUAGGAUGUCUGAGGGAUGUCAUCUGGAGAAAUAAAGAUAUGACGCUGGAAGGGAAAGUACGCAUAUACAAAUCAUGUGUAAGAUUAUGACGUACGCGAUAGAAACAAGAUAUGACACAGCAGAAAGCAAGAGGAUACUGAGAACAUCAGAAAUGAGAACGUUGAGGUCAAUAGCUGGGAAAACUCAUGAGAGACAAAAUAUCGAACGACAGAAUAAGAGAUCUCUGUAACAUACAUGACAUAGUACGGUGGAGAAGACGAGAGUAGAAUCAGCAUGUGACAAGAAUGGACAGCGAGAGAAUAGCGCGUAAACCAGAGUCAAAGCCAACGGGCAAUAGACCAAUAGGAAAGCCCUUUAAAAGGUGCCGAGAGCUUCAAUAGAAGAAGAAGAAGAAAAGUUUUGACAUUCACAAUCGCUAGCCGCUUCGCUUCAAGCGUUGUUUCUGAGAGAAUAGGUUCAUUUUACACAAAAAUUGCUAACAACCAUUUUUCUUGCUCUUCUCCUUCUUCUUUUUGUGUAGAUAUGACUCUGUCUGUUUUUUCGUGGUCUUCGGAAGGGGAGAACCGUCUCUCGCCGUCCUUACUACUCUAUUUAUUGGCAUUCAACAGCAUUUGAAACAUUUUUUUCUACGUCGUACAAACUUGGUAAAUUGAUACCCCACCCCCCUUUAUGAGGGGUUUUAGGAGGAAGCCCGAGGAUCUUUUUAGGAUCCCAAAGUUGACAUCCACGGCAAAAUCCAGCUUCUUCGUCUCGCUUUUAGAGGUCAAAUCUUUGACGAUUGGACUAUAAUGGGUUCAUAAAAACCUUACUACACAUAGUUUCAAAAGUUAUGCAUCACCCCUCGUAUUCACGAUGUUUACGCUUUUAUAAAUCCGUAUCUUUAUCACAUAUUUAAUGGGCCUUUUUUAUAAAAAAUAUACCAUUUUUGGUUUUUUAUUUUAUUUGAUUACCCAUUUAAUUGACCUGGUUUUGCCAAGGUCAUUUAAAAAAUUUAUUCUGGUGAAAUUUUUGAAAACGUGAUUAAAAAUGAAUUGUACUUUAAUUUCUGAGUUGGACUGUAUAAGAAUUAUCGAUUUAGUUGAAGAAGGCCAUUCGCAGCGGUUCGUGGAGGAAAGAGUGGGUGUUUCUCAGAGUGAUGUCUCACGGAUAUGAAAUAGGUUCCUGGAGACAAACUUGAUACUGAAUAGAGCUCGGUCUGGUAGACCCCGAGUUAACAAUGAUCGCCAGAAUAGAUAUAUCAGAAUUUCCAUCCGUAGAAAUUCUUCUAUGUCUGUUCCAGCCAUUCAAAGAGAAUUCAGGCAUGCUACAGGAGUCAAGAGUAUCGUUAUCUACAAUAAGAAGAAGAAGAAUUUUAGACUCAGGUUUGAGGAGUCGUCGACCAAUAAGAGUUCCUCAGCUACAACCUAGACAUAUUUUGGGCCGCCUUCAGUGGACUCAAGAACACAUAGAGCUCCCCCAACUGUUUUGGAAUUUUAAGCUUUUUUCAGACGAGACCAGAAUCUGUUUAAAUAGUGAUAACCGGCGAAUUUGUGUGUGGCGAGAGCCAACAAGAGCUGCACACCUAGCCACACACGAAUUCGCCGGUUAACACUAUUUGAACAGAUUCUGGUCUCGUCUGAAAAAAGCGCAAAAUUCCAAAAUUGUUGGGGGAGCUGUAUGUGUUAUUGAGCCCACUGGAGGCGGUCCAAAACAUGUCUAGGUUGUAGCUGAGGAACUCUUAUUGGUCGACGACUCCUCAAACCUGAGUCUAAAAUGCUUCUUCUUAUUGUAGCCAACGAUACUCUGACUCUUGUAGCAUGCCUGAAUUCUCUUUGGAGGGCUGGUACAGACAUAGAAGAAUUUCUACAGAUGGAAAUUCUGAUAUAUCUAUUCUGUCGAUCAUUGGUAACUCGGGGUCUACCAGACCGAGUUCUAUCCCGUGUCGAGUUUGUCUCCAGGAACCUAUUCCAUAUCUGUGAGACAUCAGUCUGAGAAACACCCACUCUUUCCGCCACGAACCGCUGUGAAUGGCCUUCUUCAAUUAAAUCGAUAAUUCUUAUAUGGUCCAACUCAGAAAUUAAAGUACGAUUCAUUUUUAAUCACGUUCUCAAAAAUUUCACCAGAAUAAAUUUUUCAAAUGUUUACACCUUGUCAAAACCAGGUCAAUUAAAUGGGUAAUCAAAUAAAAUAAAAAACCAAAAAUGGUAUAUUUUUUAUAAAAAAGGCCCAUUAAAUAUGUGAUAAAGAUAAAAGCGUAAACAUCGUGAAUACAAGGGGUGAUGCAUAACUUUUGAAACCAUGUGUAUUUAUUUUUAUGUCAUAUCAUAUGCCAUUUCAAUAUCAGAUCUAAAAUAUCGAAUGAGAAUAGACGCCAAUUGUAAUUGAAAAUGGUUAUAUUGGAUAUCAUUAUUGAAUUAAAUUCAAUAGUAACAGAAAUAAUAAAGAUUUAAUUUAUAUUUUGAGAAUGAUUUGCUCGAGGUGCAAAUAGAAAAGUCCAAUAUAACAAAUUUUAAUUUAAAACUGUGUUUUAUUCCCUUUACAUGAAGUAGAUAACGUAGAAAUGAAACAGUAAAAUAGUCUGAGAAUCAUAAUUAUGGGAUAAUCUGUAUAUAUGGUACUAACAUUCUAAGAACAAUUUAAAAAAUUGUGUAAAUUUAGCUAAUUUUAAAAUCAUAAUAUUGUACUGCAUCUUAAGCAUCGAUAUUAAUAAAUUAUCUAGAUAUUUGAAGACCUGAAAUGCUAAUAGAUCUAAGUGCCAGUUUUUACAAAUAUCCUUUUAUUGUUGCUAAGUUUUUCGAAAGGUUUUGCGAACUUUCAACAGUGAGACAACAGUGCGUCGGUAAUUCGACACUGACAGUGACAUUAUACUAUCAAAAACAAUAAUUUUUAUAUUCAUAGGCGCACUAAAUGUUGCCGAGUCAGUCACGUUCGAUUUCUUGUUAUAGAUAAUCGAUUUUUAGUAGAUCCAAUGUGACACAAAAUCUAGGCAUGGCAUAAAAAAGUUUAUUUGAAGAAAGUGUAUUUUUUGUUCUUCUUAAUAGCGGUACAGGCUCCUUUUUGCAAUAUUUUAUUUAUACCCUAUUCCACGAAUAUACGACUGUGUUGGAUUAUUUCGACAACGAAUAUUUUAUUGUGCGAAAUAUGAAGAACGAAAAUAAAUUGCAAAUUACAUUGCUGUUUAUUGGAAUAAUUAUUAGAGCCAUUUACUUUUGUACUUCUUAUGUUGCACACUGAAAUAUUCGUUGUCGCGAUAAUCCAAAACAGUCGUAUGUUGGUGGAAUGAACCCUAGUUAUAGAGUAAUUUCCACAUACUAACAUAUUUCUCAAAUUGGGCUCUGUACCGCCAUUCUUUAUUAUAUUACGAAUAUGUGUGCGAAAUAAUAUAUCUCGACAAAAUAUACAGCCGCAAUCUUGGACCGCGUUUGUUAAAAUCUUUGCGAUCUCUUAAAAGAUCUGUUGGAAUUUUUUGUAUCCGUUUGGAGAGUUUUUAGCACAUAGAUCUUUUAGCACUGCAUUGGCAUAGAUCACUGAGCAACAAUAAAAGGAUAUUUGUAAAAAGUGGCUGUUAGAUCUAUUGGCAUUUCAGGUCUUCAUUUGUCUAAAUCAUCAUUGAGUACAUUUUCUUUUCGUAUUUUUUAAUACGAGAUGAAGCCAACUACUGAUGUAAAAUUUUUAUGUAAGUGCGAAAUCUAAUAUUAAAAAGAUAACCAUAUCGUGCACCUGCUAAUCCAUACAGUACAUGUAGGUAAAUUAUUUAUAUUGAUUUGUUAUUUGUGUCAAAUAAGUGAAGAAUGUAAAUCCACUGUAUAUUGGACUGAGCCGCUCAAUUGUAACUCAGAUUCAAUCAAUUUUUUAAAAUAUAUUUUUAUUUCCUAACAUUCUUUAACAACUCUAGUAAUAUGUAUAUUUAAUACUUCAUAAACUUUUUUGAACAAAUUGCGGCCAAUAUAUUGUUGCUUUACCCCAAAAAUUUUAAACCUUACGUACUGAUUUUUUAUAAUUAAUUUAUUUACUGAAAUAUAUGUUGAAAGUUUAAAAUCACUUCUACUACAACGAUUACACUGUUUUUCAGUAUAACAAAGUAUCUUUAGAAGAAUAACCGAGAAAGUUUAAGUCUCUAUUUUUGGUCUUAUCAACUGGACUUUAAUUGAUCACAUUUUUGUUAGGUACCAAACUUUGAAUAAAAUAACAGCAAAAUGAAAUUUUUUUAUGCAGUGCCUUACUGAAAGCAAUAUCUUCACACAUUUGUAAUUUUUCAAUACUUAACGCGAUCGCUACCAAGCGACUCAUAUAUUUAUGAGCCACAUCGAUUUUUCGCAUAAUCAGUGAACCCGUGACCCGCACAGUGGUUCGAAAUGCUGAAAACGUGGUCAUGAGGUAAAAUAAAAAGUUCCUAUUUUGGGAUUUUCAUGUUUACAGUUGUUGUUUCCUCAUACUAUCGUAGAGUCGUAAUACGCGGGUAUAAGGAUCAGACCGGAUCUAUUCCUAUUCAUAACUCCGAGACAAGUGAGCCAUCAAUGACUUAAUUUUGGCCGGCAGUGAAAGUCAAAUAGAACGCGUAUAUUGAAAACGCUGUAAAACGAUUUGUAGUUUAUCAUGUUUAUUGCUGUAAAGCAGAUUAUUCUUUUUUAAGUAUGUAGGUAUUAAUCUAAGAUAAAAGUUAAAUAAAGAUUUGUUAACAACAAAUGAAUAAAAUUUGGUAAUAAAAUAUACUUGAAAGAUUCAAAAUUUCGUAAAAAUACAUUCAAAAAGUACAUAAUAUGUAAUUCUGUGAUUAAUCUUUCGAUAAUCUCAAACUGUACAUACAAUCAGAAGAUACAGAAUCACAUUGGCAUUUAACUGCCUUGCUGGCAGUUGUUUGAAUGCAACAGUGUGAAAUGACGCAUAUUACAAUAUUCUGGCGAUUAUUGGGUAUGUGUGGGCGGUUGUACCCAAGUAAUAGGUUUUAUAUAUUGUACUUCAAAAAUAAAAUGUAUUGGUAAUAAGUUAUUUAAAAAGUCCUUUAUAUAAAAUUUGAAAAAAAUAUGCGUUUAAAAUAAAAUUUUCCAAUUUCCUUCAGCCAUGUUGGAUCCGCCAUUUUGUUUUUCGAAUAAAUAAUGUUAGAUUUGUAAUCAACGACGUUAAACUACCAAAUUUGACAAACAAUUUUGCGUUUUGAUUAAUAUUUUCAAUUUCAUUGCGCGACGUUGGAUGCGCCAUUUUGUUUUAAAAAAAAAUGUCAGAUUUGUUAUCAGCGAUGCUAAAAAACCUUAAGUACGAAAGUAAUUCCGAAGUGUAUGAACAAUAUACGCUUUUAAAGGUUCAUGACCACCUUUUCGGCAUUUGGAACCACAGUGAGCCGGGAUCGCACUGCACAUACCGGCAUACCGGCAAUUUAAAUACAUGUGGUAUAUGAGGACGAGACUUAAGUAGGUACCCCUUUGGUAACGAACGUGUUAAACAAACCACAUUUUUUAGUACGUUUUAUUGUAAUUUAUGGACUUGAAUAUUUUUCAUAUUGUAAUAUAUUUUAGAAAGUUUAUGGAAAGUCGUUGAUAAUUUAAUAUUCUAUGUAAUCUAUUUUGCGUCCCAUCCAUAUCACUUUCAUUGCACAUGAGUGCAAUAAUACAAUUAUUAUAUUUGAAACAAAUAGAAACUUUGAGAUAUGGGUCAAAUGAAAAAUAUUUUACAAAUAAUUUAACCUACUCGCAUACUCCAUACUGGCAUGGAUUUUACAUACAUAAGUGCUCGCAGGGUGCCUCACAGGCGCCAAGGUUCAGUACUAUGAUAUUUCAAUAUAUUAUGUUAUUGUUUUAUUUUGCUUUUGUACAGUAAAAAUGUUUUGCAUACUGUUGAAGUCCCAUGAAUAUUGUUCCAAAAGCACAAAUUUCAAUUUAAGAAAUUCCGUAUAUUUAUUAUACAGGGUGCCCCAAAAGUAGCGGAACGGUCGAGUAUUUCAUGAAUUGAACAUCGGAUAGAAAAACUGAAAAAUACCUGUUCAAUAAUUUUCAAAAAUCUAUCGAAUGACACCAAACACGACCCCCCAACUUCACCCCUGGAGUUGGGGUGAGGGUAAUUUUAAAAUCUUAAAUUUAAACCCCCAGUUUUUAUUGCAGAUUUGGAUUACUUACGUAAAAGUAAGCAACUUUUAUUGGAGAUAUUUUUGAGAAUUGUGGACAGAUGGCGCUAUAAUCGGAAUAAACGAUUUAUCGUGAUACCUGAUACAAUAGGUAAAUAUUAUAGAAAAGGUGUAAUAUCUCGAUAUUGAUAUCGAAUAACACCAAACAUGACUUUCCACUCCACCCCUUGAAGGUGGGGGGAGGGGGACUUUAAAAUCUUAAAUAGGAUCCCCCCAUUUUUUUAUUGCAGAUUUGGAUUCCUCAAGAAGAAAUAAGUAAUUUCAGGUGGAGUAAGUGUGUAGCAAAAUAUUAAAAGUUAGUAUAUUUACAUACCGCAUUUUGAGACCAAAUAAGAUUUGAAGCUAAUAUUUUAAUAUGUAUUACCUACAACUGCUUCAUUUUAUAACUUUCCACGGGAAUGACGUCACCAUAUUUUAAUUUUUUUUAAACUAUGUCCGUAGUACACGCUUCCCCCUUCAAAUGGGAGAAAUUUGUCCACCUCAAGGGGUGGAGUGGGGGGGUCGAGUUUGGUGUCAUUUGAUAGAUUUUUGAGAGUUAUUGAACACGUAUUUUUCAGUUUUUCGAUCCGAUGUUUAUUUCGCGAAAUAUUCUACCGCUCCGCUUCCUUUGGAAUACCCUAUAUUAUAUGUAAUAUUUAUAUUCUUCCUUUCCAAUAUAUCCUAUAUUCCUAUAUUCUUUUAAAUAUUCUUAGCAACAUGAACAAACCAAAAUUUGCACCCAAACUAGAAAAAUAAAUAUUUGAUAUUGAGCUUUCAACAUUAUUUUAUAGAUCACAUAUUUAUUAUACGUUGUUUUAUCACUUUCAAAACUGUAAUCUGUAAAAAUAUGUACAUAUACCUAGUUAUUAGUUUAUCUUAAAGCUUACUGACUAUCAGACUUUCAUUUUUGUACUGUGGUAUUUGAAAAUGCAACAACAAGACUUGGUUAAUAGUGAUUUUAAUAGUUUAAAGGUAAGAUUAAAAACGUUCACGCUAAGACAAAAAAUAACAGAUGGUUUUUCAGUUAGUAUUUCAUAAUAUAUCAACACUAAUCCUUACACUUUACCUCUGCAAAUCCUUACUAUUAUGUCUGUCCUCUGUACCUGUCACACGGGUACCUAAUUGCUAGGUUUGGGCUAAUCCGGCCCAUUCUCAUCUGUGACUUUCAUGUCUUGUCUUGUCAUAUGACUGUCACGAAGCUAUGCAAAAUUUCAUAAAAAAUACAUUAAUUAAUAGUAUUGUUACUCUGCUUUAAAAAAACUUUAUUCAAAUACCAUCAAUAUAAAGGAUUUUUUAUUGUGUUAUUCUGGUAGAUAUUUUCGAUCGUUUUAAUUAUUCCUAGAGGUACCUCUCUUAAGUACAACAAAAGGAUAACGUCCUUUAAUUUGGUCAAAUGCCUUCUUAAGGUCCAUGAAAUAUAAAUAUUCCGGUUUGUUGCAUUGUAACGCUCGAAACACACACUAAGAAUUUUGAAUGUACGAUGGUUGAAAUCUACAUAGUGGCUCGAGCAAUUAUAUUGAACCUUUCUCCCUUCACCGCUUGAAACGUUCGGUGAAGGGAGAAAGAUUCCAUAUGAUUGCUCGAGCCACUAUGUAGAUUUUAACCAUCGCACGGUCAAAAUUCUUAGUGUGUGAAACAAGCGUUAUGAUUUCUCUUGAACUUGCCUCAUUAUAAAUACGUGGGUAGUCCGAUAAGUACUUAGCCUACAAAAGAAAAAGGAAAAUUUUGGAAAAGUGGCAAUUUAUUUCUCUAUAUAGUCUCCUUUUAGCUCGAUACACUUGACCCAGCGAUGCUCCAACUUCUUUAACUCGUCUGAAAAAUACCUUUUCUCGAGGUCUGCAAAAUAGGCUUUCGUGGCGGCGAUGACCUCCUCAUUCGACUUAAAUUUCUGCCCAGCGAGUGUUUUUUUCAAGUUUUGAAACAAAUAGUAGUCGGAUGGGGCCAAAUCUGGAGAAUACGGUGGAUGGGGCAACAGUUCGUAGCCCAAUUCAACCAAUUUGGCCAUGGCGACGGUGGAGGUGUGAACUGGUGCGUUGUCAUGGUGGAAGAGCACUUUUUUCUUUGCCAAAUGGGGUCGUUUUUUUCUUCAAGUCGGCAUCGAAUCGGCCCAAUAAUUCGGCAUAAUAGGGCCCUGUGAUCGUUUUGCCCUUCUCCAACUAGUCGAUGUAGAUCACACCUUGUGAAUCCCAGAAAAUGCUGGCCAUCACCUGUCCGGCCGAUUGGACAGUCUUGGCCUUCUUCGGAGCACGUUCGCUGGGUGCUGUCCACUCUUUCGACUAUUCCUUGGUUUCUAGUGUAUACCAGUCAAUUCAAGUUUCGUGGACGGUUAUGAAACGACGUAAAAACUCCUUUGGAUCACACUUAAAUAGCGUCAAACACUGCUCUGAAGUGGUCUCACGGUUGCGCUUAUUGUCUGAAGUGAGCAAACGCGGCACCCAUCGCGCCGACAGCUUUCUCAUGCCCAAAAUUUUAUGCAGGAUAUGACCUACGCGGUCUUUUGAGAUGCCUACUGUGUCAGUUAUCUCGCGCACCUUCAGCCGGCGGUCUGCCAAUACAAGAUCGUGGAGUUUUGUCACGUUAUUCUCCGUGCUAGCCAUUUUCGGGGCACCUACGCGUGGCUCAUCAAAAACCGACGUUCGUCCACGUUGAAACUCGUUAAACCAAUUUUUGACAGUUGCCAUCGCAGGAGAAGAGUCACCGUACACAGCAUCCAAGCGCUCUUUGAUUUCGCUGCUUGAUUUUCCUUCCAAAAACAAGAAUAGAAUCACCGGCCGAUAUUGCUCUUUUUCUAUUUUAUUAAAAUCCACGGACACGCUGACUUUCACACGCAAUCACAACAAUACUAUUAUUUCGAUUUUGCUGAAAUUGUGACAUUAGCCGUCUACGAGAACGCAUUAAAUGACAGUACACUUCAUUUGCGAUAGUGGCGCCAUUGGGCGGAGAGGCUAAGUACUUAUCGGACUGCCCAAGUAUAGCGUCAGAGCAUGAUCUUCCCGACUUAAAACUUUGUUGUUCUCCUGAUAAUGUUAUAAUUUCAUUCAAUUUGUUUGUUAUCACUUUGCUAUCACAGAUAUUCUCCGAAUACGCGUGGGACAAUAUAGGUGAGACUAUAUUUGAUUUCUCUCUACACAAAAUUCGUUGAAAAUUUGGUUUUUAAUAUUUAUUUCUAUUUGUUUUCCAUUUGUAGUUCUAUUUUUUGCGUUGCCUAUUGCUUGAUAGCACUAUUAUAUCAUCUGAGAACCAGAGUCCAUUGACAGAUACUCUAUUUUUGCAGUGUUAAACACAUUUCCAAUAUAUUUGUGAACCGCUUCGAGGAUAGCAGGUCACCUUGUCUAUACUUUUUGUUUUCUUCGGAUUUUAUUUACCACGUGUCCACUGUAUUCAACCAUUUUUCGAAUAUUAUGAAUGAUAUAUAAAUAGGUCUAUUUUAUGCAUAUGUAUUAAUAGUAUCUGAUAUAUUAGAGCUAUAUUUUAUUAUAUAUUGAAGGAUGAGAGUAGCACAAACAAAAUAUGUUAAGUUAGCGCCAUUUGUUUGCCCUACGCAAUGGGACAAAUUGUUGCUUAUCGACAAUUAUGUCAACUUGUACUUUAUUGUUUUACCUUUGUUUCUCUUGUUUAACGUCAGAGUAUAGUAUGUAGUCAAUUCUCAUUAUAUUUUACCUCUUCCGCAAACAUUUUGGCGGCCAAAUUCAAAAUUUGUUAAAAAUACGAUUUGGUGAGCAAUCAUACUUCAACUGAAUAAUUUUACAUAAAAAUAUGGUAUGUAGUAUGUAAGCCAUCUGUUAUUUUUUGUUCAAAUUUAGACUAUUUAAGCUUUUACUGAAAUUGAUACGUUGAAUACUCGAAUUUACAGGUUUAAUUUUUAUUUAUUUUCAUUUUUCGCUACAUAUCACUAGCAUUUCUUUAUUUUCACUUAGUUUAUAAUUAAUUUAUUCUUGUUCGUUUCACGCUAGAAGUCUUCCAAGCAUUUUAUAUUACAUUUUCGAGCAAAUAACCAUACUUGAAUGUUUUUAUGUUUCAUUUUCACAAAUGUACUACCUCAGGUAUUUGUCGUAUACUUUUUCAUUUUUGCUAAAAAGUUUUUACAAAACGUUUCUAGUGCAAUAAUGUUCUUGAAUGGAUACAAAAGCGAAUAUUGUGUUUACUUUUUAUCUUUGUCUGUCAGAAUUAUAUGCUUGUGAGCUUUUCUUAGAAAAUUAUUUCUAUAAUAUAGGAUUAAGAUGUGUAUAAUUAUUUUUCAUAUAAAUCUCAUGUAGCCUUAAGGUCUUUUGUGUACAGUUUUUUUACUAUUUAGGUUUAAUAUUUAAGUUUAAACUACUAGUUUGAUGUACAUAAAAGAAUCUUCAUGCAAUGAUUUAAAAUAGACAGUACUUGUUAAUGAA